AUGGGAAAGUCGUACGCUACGUCGCUUCGAUUGAGAUGUCUCUUACGGGGAAGUGGUAAUACAACUGCUGUUUUAAUCGGUGAUGGUUUUGCAUAUGUUGCAUUUCAUUACAUUAUGCAAGCUUUCGGUAAAGAGCGCCUCGGACAUAUGAAGCGUUGUGCAGGAUACUGGUGCAUUCCAAUUCUGCACUAUAGCGGAGGACAAUCCAAUCAGACAAACGCUUGCAAUAAACGAGCAAAUGACUGUUUGAAACUUAUACACGACAUGAAACCAGAUAUUGUUUUUCUGAACUUCCAGAAGAUAUUCGCUCAUAUGUGCGGCAUGUUUAGUGCACAAAAUGCAGAAAUAUUAAAUUUUCGCUGUUUUGACUGGACUGAAACUGAGAUUGCUCCGUUCGGUGGUACACUUUUAUCUAAAAUCGAAAGCAUAAAGACUGAUAGUGUCAUUAAGAAACUUCAAAAUGCAAUCGACGAACUUAUACUCUCAACAAAAAGGAUCGUUCUUACUUAUGAUCAUCCUCAUUCACCCUUGGCAAAUAUGGCGAGUUUGGCCUUAUACAGCCUUGGUGAAAAAGAACCACUAGAUAAGUAUAAUAUACCGUAUAACGUGUUUUGGGAGAAACACCGCUAUGGAUACGAACGAUUAGAUGCGAUUAAAUGUGCGAAAUGUGAACGUUUAUUUACCUAUCGUUGGUUCUGUGAUAAUGAGAUUUGUUACACAUUUAACAAUAAAACAAAACUAUUUUAUUAUCGCGAUUGUUGUCAUUUGAGUUUAUAUGGAAUCGAAUAUUUGACACCACAUUAUAGGAAAUUACUCGAUGAAAUGUACGUUAAAGGAUAUAUAUGA